AAUCGACCCAUUUAUUCUUCUCCAGGCACGCUGCAUUUGGCAUUUUAGCGAGGCGUUUUUAUUUCAAAGGCAAUCUAGAUUGCGAUGCAUGGGGUUUCUGAUCUUUUCUUUUCUAAGAAAAAAAGAGGGGGGAAAACAUCAUCUUCUGAGGGAACUAUAGAGAUUUUUUUGAACAUUCUGGCAUUUUUGCAUAUCUACCUAUCCUUAGGCAUUGGCUCUAUUCGCCACCAAUUGAAUAUUUAUACCUGGAGAUGCAUUUGCAUCUCCAAUACAUACCUUCUUUGCUGCCUUAGUACAGUGGGAUUGUGAGUGUAAAGUGCCAUGUCUACCCUCAUAUUUCACAUGAUGCUCUUCUAUGUGCGAUAUCAUUACAGUUGGUUUUAUU